GCCGCAACGUCAUCAAAUUAGAGGAUCCGGAGCCCAAGAAGAAGGCUGAGCCGAAGCAAACGAAGGGCAAGAAGUGCGAAUCCGAGGGCGACCGCUUGAAGGCGUUGAUGGAGCCUGUUCUCCAGGCAGAGAGUGAUGGAAUCAAGGCUGAAGCUGACCUGAAGCGGGCGAAAUACGCACAUUCAACAACACUUGCACAGGGCAAGAAUUUGAAGACGGCCAAGGAUGCCAGGGCCGAACUUACAGCCGCGCUCUUUGAGCUAGCGAAGCUGCAGAUGGUGCACAAACAAAACACCCAAGGGAGUAAUGAGAGGGUCGAGGAGAUGCGAUUGAAGCGGGCGGACCUCCCCCCCCCCCAUUUGUCCGCACCUGGCCCUUCUUUCAACGCCAGCUCCAGCUCCAGCUCCAUCGCCGCUCCAGGUCCCACCUCCAACGCACUCGGAACAUCCGACUUCACUGUCGGCCUAUCCCAAAUGCUAAGCGAAGGAG